AUGGUCCACGUGGACUACUGCGAUUUGGAGUACAUCCUUGGAGAGAGGGAGGAGAGAGGCCUGGGUCACAUUGCCAUUGUUACUGCAAGAUGCCAGUGGCUGAGAAAGAAGAUCCUGCAGGCUCUGGAUAGACAGAGACAGGGGCUUGAGUAGGGGGCAGGGCCCUGAGGUCCCAGAGAUAUCCCAGCGGGCACCAGGGCAUCGGGGAACCAGCCCAUGCUGGAGGUGCACAUCAGGGAGGCCGAGGCUCAACCCUUCGAGGUGCUGAUGUUCCUCUACACAGACAAGAUCCAGUACCCGCGCAGAGGUCACGUCCAGGAUGUUCUUCUGACCAUGGACUUCUACAAGCUGGCUCCGGAGCAGCUGCGCGUGCAGUACAUCGAGGCAUCCGUGGGCCUGCAGAAUGUUCUGAGCAUGUGCAAACAAGCCAACAAGCUGCAGCUGGACCAGCUCAAGGAGCAAUGCCUUAACUUUGUGGUGAAGGAGAUGCACUGUAACCAGGUGAUCAUGACCAAGGAGUUUGAGCACCUGUCCACCCCGCUGAUCGUGAAGAUAGUCCGUCGGAAGCAGCAGCCUCCCCCCAGGGUGUACUCAGGCCAGCCCGUGGACAUCGGCACCUCCCUGGUGCAGGACAAGAAGGCCUACUUGGAAGGAGGCGGCCUGGACUUUUGUGACAUCGUCCUGCUGUUGGACGGACACCCUCGGCCCGCCCAUAAAGCUAUACUGGCCUCAUGCUCAAACUACUUUGUGGCGAUGUUCCAUUUCUUUAUGCCUGAGGACGGGCAGGUGAACAUCUCCAUCGGUGAGAUGGUGCCCAGCGAGCAUGCCUUUGAGUCCAUGCUCCGCUACAUGUACUACAGGGAUGUUAACAUGCCUCCAGAAGACUCUCUGUAUCCUCUCGCAGCACCAUAUUACUACGGUUUCUCCAACAACAGGCUACAGGCCUAUUGCAAGCAGAACCUGGAGAUGAAAGUGACUGUGGAGAACGUCCUCCAGAUCCUGGAGGCAGUAGACAAGACUCAGGCCUGGGACAUGAAGAAGCACUGCCUGCACAUCAUCGUCCACCAGUUUAUCAAGGUGUCCAUUCUCCCCAACCUGAGGUCCCUCAGCCAGCUGCUGCUGCUGGACAUCAUCGAGUCCCUGGUCUCACACAUAUCAGACAAGCAGUCUGCCGAGAUGGGCUCUGACAUCUAG